AUGUCUAAUAUCGAUAAUUUGAUUAAACAAAGAACCAUACUUAAGAGUAAACUAACUAGAAUGGCCAAUUGGUUCGGCCAAGAUAAUAAUAAAGAUAGAGAAGAAUGUAGUGCUGGAAAAUGUCAAUUAGAGCAAAUCUUCAAAGACUAUGAACAUGUUCAAACUCAGUUGGAGUUAAUUGACUCUGCCUCAUAUGAAGAGGACAGAGAUAUUGUAGAAACUAAGUAUUUUAAGGUUAUAUCUAUGGCAACGAGAACUAUGAAUCAGUUCGAAAACUCGCCAAGUCAAAAAUCUGAUAAGCCCACUACUCAUUCUAGCAUAAAGUUACCGGAAAUUUCGAUUCCUAACUUCUCGGGUGAUAUUAAACAAUGGCCGAGUUUCUUCGAACUAUUCAACGCCCUCAUUACAGACAACGAAAAUUUGUCUGACAUUCAACGGUUGAUGUACUUAAAAUCAGCAUUAUCAAAAGAACCGUUAAAACUUAUUGAAAACUUGGAAGUUGUAGGUUUGAAUUUCAACAUAGCUAUUAACACUUUGAAAGACAGAUAUGAUAAUCCAUAUCUUAUUGUCAACUCUUAUAUUCGUAAACUAUUGAAUGUUCCCUCCUUGACGAAAAGUAAUGAACACGCGUUAAGAGAUUUUAUUACGCAAAUCAAGACAAAUAUCGCUGCCUUGAAGACUUAUAAAUUAUCGGAGAAAUUAACGGAUUUGAUUUUCAUACAAAUUUUCACCCAGAAAUUGGAUUUCACUCUGAAAAAAGAAUAUGAAGAAGAAAAGAAUACUUCAGAAUUUCCAACGCUCCCAGAAUUUAUUGGUUUCUUAGAAAAGAAAUAUAAGGUACUCGAAAAUUUAGGUUCAACCGAACAAACAGGUCAUUCGAAAUUCAAAACUUCCCCUAAAUAUGCCCAUACUAAUUCUUAUCAUGCUAACACUUCGAACAGAACGAACAAAAAUAAAUUUUUCAAAUGUCUUAUGUGUAAUAUGGAUGAACAUAAGAUAUAUUCGUGUAGGAAAUUCAUGAAUUUGUCUCCUAACGAUCGUCUCAGUCUAGUGAAAGAAAAGAAUGCUUGUCUGAAUUGUCUUACGUUGGGUCAUAGUGUACAAUCGUGUUCUAGUCAACACACAUGUUUCAAUUGCCAUAGAAAGCAUCAUAGUUUGCUCCAUUUCAAUAGGACUUCAACUCGCCAUUAUUCUAAUGAAGUUCCUAGUCAAAGAUCCAACAACGAAGUAUCCAGAUUAAAUAAUCUAUCACAAAUUCAGAAUGAAUCUCAAGCAGUUUCUCAUUUGUCCACUUGUGCUCAACCAACCAUUACAACUCGUACUGAAAAUAUUAGUCCAGGUAGAAACGUGUCUAGUCUUUCAUCUCUAUCUUCUAAUAAUCAAGUCCUUUUAGCUACUGCCUGUGUCAAAUUAUAUGAUUCACACAACAAGCAAGUUAUUGCUCGUUGUUUGACUGACUCCGCAAGUCAAACAUCUUUCAUAACUGAAGAUCUGGUCAACAGACUUCAUCUCCAACCUUACAAUCAAACUAUUCAAAUUUCUGGCGUCUCACAAAGUUGUUCUAUGUCAAAUAGAAUGAUAGAUCUAACAAUUCAUUCAUUAGUAUACCCUCAUCGAAAGUUUAAGGUUUCCUGUGCUAUCCUCAAAAAUAUCACAUGCCAACAACCACAGUCAUAUAUCGACUCGUGUUCUCUCCCCAUUCCAAUUGGCAUUAAAUUAGCAGAUAUCAAAUUCAAUAUUCCUUCCAAUAUUGAUAUUCUCUUAGGUGCAGAUAUCUAUUUUGAAAUUAUUAUGGAUGGCAUUAUCAAAUUAGGUCCUGGUCGACCUCUUCUUCAAAAUUCCCACUUAGGAUAUCUAAUUGCAGGAAAAGUCCCACAGUCAGCUCACAUGUCUCGCGCUACUCACUUAGCAUUGGCACAAUUUUCCCAAAAUUCAAUUGAAUCUUCAAAGUCAAUUGUUAAUCAAGAAGAUUCACUAAAUAAUAUUCUGACUGAGUUCUGUGAAAUUGAGGAGAUAUCUAAUCAAUCUGAACACAUUUUAUCUUCAGCAGAAGAGAAUGCUGAACGGAUAGUCAAAAACAAAACCAUUCGGUUACCAUCGGAUUUAUGGUGGCAGGGUCCCGAUUUUCUUCUUCAAUCAAAUCUAGAUCUAACACCGCCGCUUAAAUGGCCUUUAGCCCGUGUAGUAGAAUUGAUUCCCGGAAAAGAUUCACGCGUUCGCAUUGUUCGUGCUAAAGCUCAAGGAGGAACAUUCACUAGAACAAUCACUAAGAUAUGUCCACCUCCAUUCUGCACGGAAAACAUUGACAAUCAAGUAUGA